CCAGAGACGCUGAGUGGGAGUGGCGCCGAGCUGGAGGGGAUCCCGAAAAGCUGAGUUGCGGCAAACCGGGUCUGCAGGCUACUAUUUUGAAAAUGACAACACCAAACAAGACACCUCCUGGUGCUGACCCUAAGCAGUUGGAAAGGACUGGAACAGUACGGGAAAUUGGGUCACAAGCUGUUUGGUCACUCUCAUCUUGCAAACCAGGAUUUGGAGUGGACCAAUUACGAGAUGACAAUCUGGAAACUUAUUGGCAAUCAGAUGGCUCCCAGCCUCAUUUAGUGAACAUCCAAUUCAGAAGAAAAACAACUGUGAAGACAUUAUGUAUUUAUGCAGACUACAAAUCUGAUGAAAGCUAUACUCCAAGCAAGAUCUCAGUCAGAGUAGGAAAUAAUUUUCACAACCUUCAAGAAAUUCGGCAACUUGAAUUGGUGGAACCAAGUGGCUGGAUUCACGUUCCCUUAACUGAUAAUCAUAAGAAGCCAACUCGCACAUUCAUGAUACAGAUUGCUGUUCUAGCCAAUCACCAAAAUGGAAGAGACACUCACAUGAGACAAAUUAAAAUAUACACACCAGUGGAAGAGAGCUCCAUUGGUAAAUUUCCUAGAUGUACAACUAUUGAUUUCAUGAUGUAUCGUUCAAUAAGGUGACCUUAAGAGAGAACAAAAGUCAUUAAACAUAUCUUUGUUUUAUCUUUUCAGUAAAUAUUAUAUCUGGUAUCUUUAUUGAAAAAAGCAUCAGUUAUUUUGCAAUUUUGUAUGCAUUGAAAAGUAUUUUAUUGUAACUUUAAUAAAUAGAUUUUGGGUCAUAUUAUCUUUAUUUUCUUUAACACAUAAUAAAACUCACAUAUUUUACAUUAUCAAAAAUGGAUUUGAAGCCAAUCAUUAAAUUUUUCAUUAUAUCAAAAGAAAACCAGUUGAACUGAAAAUUUUAAGAUCUACAUAAUUUUUUAGUAACCAGGUGAUUAUUUCAUAUAGUGAUCAUGCAUUAGAGUAAUGAUUUACUGCAUGUUUGGGAACAAAGCUACGUUUUAUCAAUAGAUAUUAUCUUUAAUACGCCAAAAUUAUUCUUUUUUUUUUUUCUAUCCAGAGGAAGUUUAUAAGUUUAUUCUUUUAAUACUAGGCCUUUUUAAAAACAGUGUCAAAAUAAGCUUAGUAUUAGGAGUCUGAUGAGAACCAUUCUGAUUUGGGGAAUAUAGUUAAUUGUGUUGUAAUUAUUUCCAUGAAAUACUUAUCUAUAUCCUGAUAUUAUGUCAGAGAUUGCCGGUAUAAUCUACUGGUUGUCCUAAUUCUAGUGCUACUUAUAGAACAAUUAGUUUCAAAUUUGUGUCCGACAUUGAAGCAUUCCUUGAGGGAUAAUAUGUCUCAUGAAAAUUUUAAAAAUGUAUAAAAUUGUUCUUUAUAUAUAAAAAGAUUUUAAACAAACUUAAAUGUGUUUUCUUUCCAUGGUUUAAAAUGAGUAGAUUUGAUUCUGUAUACUAUUUUCUUUUUCUCUAUAUCUUACUUUUGGGGAGGAUGAUUUAUUUAGCCACAGAAUUUUCCCAGAUUGGCUCUUGUUUGGGAAAGAUUCCUCGGUGGUUCUUGCAUUGCUGGGUAGACUGAAGUCUUAAAUAGUAAAGUUUAAAAAAUAAUUAUGUGUUUGCUUUAUUCUGGCAGAGAGUACUAAUUUAUGUGGGUACUAUAAAAAAAAGAAGGUUUCACUUUUUCACUCAGCAGAAUCUCUGCUGUUCUUCCCAUGAGUUCCGCAAAGAGUUUUAUUGUUGUUUUCAUUUUGUUGUCUUUUGAAGUAAGAAGCAUCGUAGGUGAUCUAUAGGGUCACCAAAAAGUCUGUAACCAAAACUCAUUUGGGAUCAGCAAAUUAAUUCGAGUAUAAAUGUGAGAUAACUGGGAAGGGUAGAAGAGAGGAUUGAAGGAAAACACAUGGAUAGGAAUUAAAAGAAAAAGAGAGAACCAAGGAAAUAAGAAUAGCAAUAGGUACUAGGCACUGUAUGAGAUGUUUUGCUUUAAUCUGUUAAGGAAAACAUUCAUGUAAACAGAGUCAGUCUAAGAGAGAAAUCUAAUAAAAGGUACAAGAGGUUUUGUUAGUGAUAAUGUUACUACUUGCUAACUGCUUUUUAAAAAUUUGCUUAAAAGAAAAAAAGAAGAGGACUAAUUAUCAUUUACAUGAUCCAGGCUGUUAUCUGCUACUACUAGUAGUUUGCUAAGAGACUCCAACAAUCAGGAGAGAUUAAGGGGAAUGUUGAGAAAAUCAGUAUGUUUUCUACUUCUACUCUCCCUAUUUUUCGUAUGCUAGCUGGCUGACCACCUUAAAGGCAUGGGAAAUUUUGGUAGCUGAAGAUUAUGGAGAUAAUGCUUCCCUUUAUUAUAAGGAUUAUUUAAAGAGACUGAGAGACCACGCGUUACAUUAACAAAGCAUAAUUAUCUAAAACAGUUGCAUUUCUCUUUUAAAAGUGCAAAUUAUAUAUCCUACAGGGGAUUUGUAUCUAGAAUAUAUAAAGAACUCUUACAACGCAACAGUAAGAAGACAAACAGUCCAGUUGAAAGCAAAAGAUUUGAACAGUCGCUUUACCAAGGAAGACAUAGGGCUGGCAAAUAAGCACAUAAAAAGAUGCUCAACUUCAUUGGACAUUAGUGAAAUGCAAAUUAAAACCACAAUGUGAUACCAUUUCAUAGCCACUAGAAUGGCUUCAAUUCAAAAGACGAUUACUAGUGUUGACAGAGAUAUGGAGGAACUGGACCACACACUGCUGGUGAGGAUAUAAUUAAUGUGUAACCACUUUGGAAAACAGUUUGGAUAUUUCUGAAAAAGUUAGACAUACACCUAUUAUGUGACCCAGCCAUUCUACUUGCAGGUAUUUACCCAAGAGAAAAGAAAGCAUUUGUUCAUACAAAGACUUGUACGUGAAUGUUCAUAGUAGCUUUAUUUGUAAUACUUGAAAACUGGAAACAGCCCAAAUGUUGAUCAACAGGAGAAUUUGUGUAAACAAAUUGUAUAGCCAUAUAAUGGAAUACUACUCAGCAAUUAAAAUGAAUGAACAAUCAAUACAUGCAACAACAUGGAUAAAUUUCCAAAAUAAUUAUGCUGAGAGAAAGAAGCCAUACAAAAAGAGUACAUACUGUAAGAUUCUAUUUUUAAAAAAAAUUCUAGAAAAUACAAACUAAUUAAGUGACAGAAAGCAGAUCAGUGGUUGUGUAGGAUAGAGAGUGGGGAGAAGAAGGGGUGGACUGUUUUGGAGGGUGAUAGAAAUGUUCAUUAUCCUGAUUGCGGUACUGGUUUCACAGAUAUAUACAUAUGCCAAAACUUAUCAAAUUAUAUACUUUAAAUAUGUGCAGUUUAUUGCAUGUAAAUUAUACCUCAAUAAAGCUGAUUUUAAAAUAGCUGCUUCUACCUGUUUCACAUAGGAAUUACCCAAAGAUGCUAGAUUUGAAGUAGUUAUAUUUCAUACUGUAUAGGAUCUGAGAAUAAAAACUAAUAUUGACAAGCCUUUAACAGUUAAUAAAAUGACAGCAAAUUCACUAAUUCACUUGUAAUCAGGUAUAUGUCUUUGAGUAUUGGACAAACUGUGCAGUUAAGAGAUUUAAAUUUUUAAAUCGCACAUGUAAUCUAAGUAUAAGACACUUUUAAAAUUAGUUUAUUAGCUGAGGAAAUAUUGUUACAAGAAACUUUGUAUAAAACUGUGGAAUUUUAAAAUACAGCAGAUUGUUGAACACUAGUAAAUACACAACUCUAAAAAGACUAAUAGAUAUUGGGUUUUGAAUUAGAUAUAAUAAGGAAACCAAGAUAAACUUAAUGUGGACCUUGCUUUCCAGUAGCUUACAGUCUGCUAGGGGAAAUAAUAGGUCUCUAACCAACCAAAUCAGAAAUUAGAGUGGUAAGAUCUCUGAUGGAUGUAGUGUAGAAAAGAAGAGAGAGUUGACUUCCUGUUCAGGAAGAUAGAGAUGAAGCCAAAGAAGACAUUGUGGAGGAGGUGGAAUUUUGGAAAGAAAGAUUAUUUGUAAUAUCAGCUAGUUAUUCACUUUUCAAGGCUAUUCUUGACUCUAGACUGUCAUUGUUUUUAUAUGAGUAACAACAAUUAAUUUGAAACAGAUGAUUUGUGUAUUCGGAAUCAAGUGAUGUUUUGUACAUUUACUGUCAUUUGAAAAGUUCCAAUGAUUAAAACACAGACAAAUCUUGAAAAGUAUUUUUAGACACCAUGCCUCCUAUUCUUUUAGCCAUUAUGACUACUAAUUUAGUACAGAUUAAAACAUAACAGUAUAAAUCUUUAUGAGUAUAAGAUUUUAUGAAUUAAAUACAAAUAUUUGAUAUGUUUCUAGUGUUUUAGAAAAUUGUUACUGCUCUAAAAUUCUUAAUAAAAUGUUGGCUUAUUAUAUAUUAUUUUUAAUUGAAUUCUUGGUUAUUUCAUCAAUUACCUUUUUAAAAUGAUAAAAUUUGCAAAAUAUGUUACAUUAAAG